CAACAACAGACGAGACGGAGAGAGAUUUGAAGAACAGGAGGAGAGGAAGGAAGGGAUCUGCUCAGAGGCCACAUCUGUGCUUCUCUCAGAGGGAGAAAAAGAUCUCCACUCGUCCUCCCUCCCUCGUUCCUCCUCUUGUGUGCUCUAACUCUCAGCUGUGCCGGAUCUCCUCCUUCCUGCAGCCUUCUGGAACAACACCAAAGAUUGAGAGAUGCAGGAGAGGACGCAGGCGAGGAUGGCGGAGAUGAAGAGAUGACUAGUUUGUGUGACAGGUUGCGUGUGGAGUCGACAGUUGUGAGUGUGAGUGUGUGUGUGUGUGUGUGUGUGUGUGCGCUUUAACCAGAUGGAAUCUGGCCCGGCCGGUUGGCAUGGAGAUGGAUGCGAGGUGCCUCCUCACUCAGUGGACCGCUGCUAGCAAACAAACAAGCUCUUGUUUUCUGUCUACUCUCUCUGUCGCCAGGCGAGUCCAGCAGCUUUAAGCGUGGGCAGUGUGUGUUAUUGUUUUUUUUGAUUCCCUUUCUCUCUCUCUUUUUUUUUCUUGUCCCAAACAGAAAAAGUGAUUAAGCGAGUAUACAGGCCAUUUUUCUAAACUCUAUGGACUCUCCCGUCUGUCCUGAUUGACACCCACAGUGAAAGAAACUCUUGGACGCUGGCUCCCUGCGUCUGUUUUUUGCAGAGAUUUCGGGACAGCUCCGCUCUAAUUAAGCCAGAGGGUAUCAAGCUGGUGCCUUCCCCAUUUAUGUUUUGCCUCCCUCCAGUCCUCUUCUCCCUCCCUCCAUCCAACCCCCUAAGGCCCCAUUGUCAUCAUUAAUUUCUAUUGCGAGUCGCCCAUGAAUAAUGGAGGCCGCGGAGUCUCCUCUGGACUAGUGCCUUAAGGGUGGGAGGCAUACGUAGAAGGAGGGGACAAGAGAACGGAGGGUUAGACAACAGAAAGAAGGAGAGUGUACAGUCUCUACCUCUGUAUUAGAGAGCGGUGGAGGGGUGUGUCCAGUGCUGAACGGAUGAAUGGAAGAGCGGCCGACGGAGGCCGAGCUCAGAAACGACACGUGCUCUGACUGAGAGAGAGGAGAGGAAGGUCCUCAGUCGUUUGCAUACAGGCCGCACCUUCCUCUACAACCAGCUGGAAUAAACAAAAGACAUAAAGGAAGGAAAAAUAGAGGAGUGACGGAGCCAAAAUCAGAAGACGGCACCACUUUUCCCUUUGAAUUAUCUUCUCUACCGUGUCUUUAUGAACAUUUGUUGGAAUGAUUCAGAGAUUGCCAAAUGGAAUAUCAGUGAAGUCUUGAGUUUCAGUGUGUUUUAUCCACUUUAAUUAGGAACUGUCACUCAUUUUGACACCAAUUCUCUUCUGAAGUGAACCUCAUCUGCUCAACUAGAGCGUCUAAAGAAAAGGGAGGCUUGCAGAACUUUUUACAGACCUGGAAAAUGAACAGAGUUUUGAAAAAAGGACAGUCUCUUAAAUAUUGGUAGACUUACUUGGCAACUCAAUCUCUGUUGGCAUGGCAAUUUGUUGGCAGUUGAUGGACAAUGAAAGGAGGAGCAAGGAGACUAUAAUGUAACUUCCUCCGUGUGGACAGACUUCCUGGAAAGUGCCUGAACUUUGUAGCUUUGUGUAAAAAAAAAAAAAGAAGACCAAAAAGAUACCUGAUCUCACAGAAUCAUGGAUGACUCCAGUAUUUUGAGGCGCAGGGGACUGCAGAAGGAGCUGAGUCUUCCCAGAAGAGGCAGUUUAAUCUGGUCGCCGGCUCAGCUGCGUUGCCACGGCAACAGCAGCCUCCUCCAGCACCUGCUGUCCCCCACUUCCUUUCAUCCCUCCGUUGUUCAACCCCCCGUCGUCACCCUCUCCCCCUUCUCCUCCUCUUCCUCCUCCACCUCCUCUCCCUCCCUCUGUGCCUCCGAUGGCCCUCUGUCAGCCCCUGUUCACCAGCGAGGAAACCCCUUCCUCUGGAGCUGUCGGACGAGCAACAGGAAGAGCCUGAUUGUGACAUCGAGCACCUCCCCCACUCUGCCACGACCUCACUCACCUCUGCAUGGACACACAGGUACCAGCCCACUGGACAGCCCUCGCAACUUCUCCCCCAACACAGCUGCACACUUCUCCUUUGUUCCCGCACGCAGUCACGGGCACAGGGCUGACAGGACGGAUGGCAGACGCUGGUCUCUGGCCUCGUUGCCUUCCUCUGGCUAUGGCACCAACACCCCCAGCUCCACUGUCUCGUCCUCCUGUUCAUCUCAGGAGAAGCUGCACCAGCUGCCGUCCCAGCCCACUCCAGACGAGCUGCACUUCCUCACCAAACACUUCAGCUCCGAGAGCAUCACAGACGAGGAGGGACGCCGCUCCCCUGCCAUGAGACCGCGCUCCCGCAGCCUCAGUCCCGGGCGCUCGCCUAUCUCCUUCGACCAUGAGAUUGUGAUGAUGAACCAUGUGUACACUGAGAGGUUCCCCAAGGCGACGGCUCAAAUGGAGGAGCGUCUGGCUGAGCUGCUCUCCUCCACGGCCCCGGAUAAGGUCUGCCCGCUGGCCGACGGGGUCCUGAGCUUCAUCCACCAUCAGCUGAUAGAGCUGUCCAGGGACUGCCUGGAGAAAAGCAGAGACCGCCUCAUCACCUCCCGCUACUUCUACGAGCUCCAGGAGAACCUGGAGAAGCUGCUGCAAGAUGCCCACGAGCGCUCGGAGAGUGUGGAGGUUACCUUCGUCACUCAGCUCGUCAAGAAGCUGAUGAUCAUCAUCGCCCGGCCGGCGCGUCUGCUGGAGUGUCUGGAGUUUGAUCCUGAGGAGUUCUACCAUUUGUUAGAAGCAGCUGAGGGCCAUGCCAAGGAAGGCCAGGGCAUCAAGUCCGACAUCCCACGAUACAUCAUCAGCCAGCUGGGCCUCACCAGGGACCCCCUGGAGGAAAUGGCCCAGCUGAGCAGUUAUGACAGCGGGAACCCAGAAACUCCAGAGACUGAUGACUCGGUGGAUAGUCGAGGAACGACAGUCCCAGCAGCUCCACCGCAGACUAAAACCAAAACACCUCGAGAGGAAGACUUUGAAAACAUCAAGCUCAUCAGUAACGGAGCCUACGGCGCCGUGUUCCUGGUGCGUCACAAGGAGACCCGGCAGCGUUUUGCCAUGAAGAAGAUCAACAAGCAGAACCUGAUCCUGAGGAACCAGAUCCAGCAGGCCUUCGUGGAGCGAGACAUCCUGACGUUUGCCGAGAACCCGUUCGUUGUCUCCAUGUUCUGUUCCUUCGAGACCCGGAGGCACCUCUGCAUGGUGAUGGAGUACGUGGAGGGUGGAGACUGCGCUACGCUGCUGAAGAAUAUCGGAGCUCUGCCGGUCGAUAUGGCUCGUAUGUACUUUGCAGAGACCGUCCUCGCAUUAGAGUAUCUUCACAACUAUGGCAUCGUGCACAGAGACCUUAAACCUGACAAUCUUCUCAUCACAUCCAUGGGACACAUUAAGCUCACAGACUUCGGUCUCUCAAAGAUCGGUUUGAUGAGUUUGACCACGAACCUGUACGAAGGACACAUCGAGAAAGACACCCGAGAGUUCCUCGACAAGCAGGUGUGCGGCACUCCGGAGUACAUCGCUCCGGAGGUGAUCCUGCGUCAGGGCUACGGGAAGCCGGUGGACUGGUGGGCGAUGGGGGUCAUCCUGUACGAGUUCCUGGUGGGCUGCGCUCCGUUCUUCGGAGACACACCGGAGGAACUGUUCGGUCAGGUCAUCAGUGACGAGAUCAUCUGGCCAGAGGAGGAGGAAGCUCUGCCGCAGGAGGCUCAGGACCUCAUCUCCAAACUGCUGAGACAGAAUCCUCUGGAGAGACUGGGCACAGGAAGCGCCUUUGAGGUGAAGCAGCACUCGUUCUUCAGAGAGCUGGACUGGAACAGCCUCCUGAGGCAGAAGGCCGAGUUCAUUCCCCAGCUGGAGUCUGAGGACGACACCAGCUACUUCGACACACGCUCCGACCGGUACCACCACCUGGAUUCAGAAGAAGAGGACGACACCAACGACGAUGAACACGUGGAGAUUCGACAGUUCUCCUCCUGCUCACCUCGGUUCAGCAAGGUGUACAGCAGCAUGGAGCGUCUGUCUCUGCACGAAGAGAAGAGGACUCCUCCUCCCACCAAACGCAGCCUCAGCGAGGAGGGAGGAGAUCGUAUCGACAGCCUGAGCGGACUUAAGUCCAGAGAUCGAUCCUGGCUGGUGGGAUCUCCAGAGAUCCUGCGGAAGCGUCUGUCUGUCUCGGAGUCGUCCCACACGGAGAGCGACUCCAGCCCGCCGCUGACAGUCCGGAGGCGCUGCUGUUCAGCCAUCAUCGAGAUGCCACGCUUUGCCAUCUCCUCGGAGGAAGAGGGAGAUCAAGGUGCGGCCGGAAGUCGUAAGAGCCCCAGCCUGUUGGGUCCGAGCGCAGUGAGGGGCCCGCGGUGUGACGAGCUGCCCCUCGCCAUCCCAGAGCUCCCAGUGGAGAGAGAGCUGAAGCUGGACGAGUCUCCCACCACGCCGAGCUCCACCUCCAGUCAGCUGAGCAAGACCACGCUCACACCGGGUAGUUCAGGCAGUAACGGCGGUGCUGUUAAAGGUGCGUCAGACAGCGACUCUCCAUCCACUCCGAGAGCUAUCAGCGACCUGGCGGCUCGCAGGGCUCGCCAUCGGCUGCUCUCCGGAGACGCGGACAAACACGCGGCGACGCCGAGCUCCAGGCCGCUCAACAAGGUCAUCAAGUCGGCCUCCGCCACCACGCUGUCGCUGAUGAUCCCUGCAGGUCAGUGUGAGAGGGGGGAGACGCUGCGGCUGAAUGCUGAGCGCCAGGAGCACAACCACCACGGAGCCUCUCCGUUGGCGAGCCCGAUGUCGCCCCACUCGCUGUCGUCCAACCCGUCAUCGCGGGACUCCUCCCCGAGCCGAGACCUUUCCCCGGCAGUGAGCAACGUCAAGCCCGCCAUCGUGAUCCACAGAGCGGGCAAGAAAUACGGCUUCACCCUGAGGGCCAUCCGGGUUUACAUGGGCGACUCUGACAUCUACACGGUUCACCACAUGGUCUGGCACGUGGAGGAGGGCGGCCCGGCCGAUGAGGCGGGGCUGAGGGAGGGAGACCUGAUCACCCACGUUAAUGGAGAGGCGGUUCACGGUCUGGUUCACACGGAGGUGGUGGAGCUCAUACUGAAGAGCGGAGCCAAAGUGUCCAUCUCCACCACCCCGUUUGAGAACACGUCCAUCAAGAUCGGCCCCGCCCGAAAGACCAGCCACAAAUCCAAGAUGGCGAGACGCAACAAGAAGACCAAGACCAAGGAGGGACAGGACAGCAGCAAGAAGAGGACGUCUCUGUUCAGGAAGAUCACCAAGCAGGCGUCUCUCCUCCACACCAGCCGCAGUCUGUCCUCUCUCAACCGCUCUCUCUCCUCAGGGGAGAGCGGCCCCGGCUCGCCCACGCACAAUCUGUCGCCACGGAGCCCGACGCAGGGCUACAGGUCCACGCCGGACUCCACCCACUCCGUUGGCGGGAACUCGUCUCAGAGCAGCUCCCCGAGCUCCAGUGUCCCGAACUCCCCGGCGAGCUCCGGCCACAUCCGGCCCAGCUCCCUGCACGGCCUCGCCCCGAAGCUCCAGCGCCAGUACCGCUCACCCCGACGCAAGUCUGCCGGCAACAUCCCGCUCUCCCCUCUGGCCCGCACGCCUUCGCCCACCCCUCAAAGCAGCUCGCCGCAGCGCUCGCCCUCCCCGCUGCCCAGCCACGCUCUCGGACAGUCCGCGGUGGGUCAGUCGUUCCCUGUGAAGCUCCACUCCUCCCCACCCCUGGUGAGGCAGAUAUCCAGGCCGAAGAGUGCCGAGCCGCCGCGGUCUCCGCUCCUCAAGAGGGUGCAGUCGGCUGAGAAGCUGGCCUCCUCCCUCUCUAACUCCCCCUCGUCUCCCUCCGGGGUGGCAGCGGUGGGGGAGAAGAAGAUGGCGGUGGGAGCGACCGUAGGGAGCCGGAAACACAGUCUGGAUAUCUCACAUUCAGAGUUUAAGAAGGAGAUCCUGCAAAGAGAGCCGAGCCUACAGAGUCUCCAGGAGUCCGCCAGCGAGGGUCUGCUGUCGUCUGCAGGACGCGGCGUGGAGAAGGGCAGCCUGCAGAAACACUCCUCCUCAUCCAGGAAGUUAGGGCGUCAGGAAGGGGACGGCGCUCUCGGCGCGGUGUCCGGCUCGCUGGGCCUGGCCCCCGGGAAGAGCAAGCUGAAGGACAAACUGUCCGCCAUCCGGCAGGACAGAGCCGAGCGGAGGGAGUCGCUGCAGAAGCAGGACGCCAUCCACGAGGUCGAUUCAUCCGAGGACGAGACGGACGAGGGCUCGGAGGACAGCCAGGACGGACGCAGGGGGGCGACCUUCACCCCUCCUCCCCUGCUGAGGCCCACCACUGUGAGGACGGGCCCCGGGGGGACGCUGCCGUCCCUCUGCCUCUCCCCCUGCACCCCGCACGCCACAUUCACCCACACGGGGCCCUCGCAGGUGGGCAGGCCCACUCCCUCACACACCCUCCCCUCCGUCACAGAGGCGAAGCCCGGUCAGAGCACCUCCUUCCCGGGAGUAAAAGACACACGGUCGGCCUCAACCGUGGAAGAAGGCGCCAGACAAGAGAGGAAGGUUCUGGGACCGAGCGGUACCUCAAAACCCACUCAGGGUCCCCUUCCCUUCUCCACCCCAGGCAGUGCAUUCAUCUCAGUCAGCAAGGACACGUUCCUCAAACCGAGUCCUCCACAAGACUCCAAGAGUCUCAAGGGGAAGACGGCACCAUCAGAGCCGAGGGCGGAGGACCAAACCCUGGACAGCCCUAGAACCACAGCCCCCUCUACCACGGUCACUACAAAUACUACAGACUCCAGAACCACCACAGACUCCAGAACCACCACCACUACUACUACAGACUCCCCAGAGACUCCCCGCACCUCCUGCUCCUCUCCCGGCAUCCCCAAGGAGAAGAAGGAGGCCGACAACCGCAGACUUUGCGCUGCAGCUGCUGCGAGUCUGACGCCAUCGCCCACUUCUGGCUCCAGUUCCAGCUCCCCGGUUCCGGGCCCUGACAGCGGCGUGGACAAAGUCGUGUCUCAGCUAGUGACAGUAGCUAAGAGUGUCCUGGGCCCGGUCAAACUGAGCCCUGCUGUAGACAAGAAGGACCAGAAACCAUCCAGAGGCAGCACCCCAGAAGACUCUUUCUCCUCCAAACAGCUCCCCGCCCCUCAGUCGCCCACCAGACAGAAAACAGAGCGAGUUGUCUCCCCGACCACCUCGCCGAGGUCGGUUAAAUCCUCCACCCAGAAAGACUGCGCGACCCCGCAACCGCAGGACGUCCCAGAAAGGCCCGCAUCGGGGUCGGCUGCCGCGUCUGCACAGCGGUUGGGUCCGGCGACCGCUCAGCCGGCCCUCAGCGCAAACUCCUCUGCAGCAUCUGAGCCACAGCGCAAGAGGUCCGAACCACAGACCACAACCGCCGACGCUGUGCCCACCUCCUCGCACCAAGACAAAGCAACCAGCAAGAAGACGUAGCAGCGAAGAAAGCAAAACAAAAAGAACAAAAUGCACAGAUCCCACCACUCAGUGCUGGCCCGAGGUUUUAAAACUCACACAAACUGCAUGUUGGGAAGAAAAACACAUUAGUAACUUCGCACUAAUCCGAGAGUUUGACGUUCAGAGCGAGACGAAGCAGAGACAGAUGUUGUAGUCGUAGUCCCAUUCCAGCUGUUCUGUGCUCUUUAAUGUCCACGUGAGUUUAUUUUGGUUUCCGCUUGCAGGCUAAACGCCGCGCAGAGCUUUUCUCUUUCACGUGGGGGCUAGAAAUAAAGAGCUCAGCGGGUCCACGCACGUUCCUCGCACACAUCAGGACGCGCCUGAACUCGUCCCGUCCCUCCUCGCCCGACGAUGUCCAACCAACUGGAAGAAAGAGAUCGUAUCUCAGCAAUAAAGUGCAGCGUAUGUUUAUCUGUGUAAAUGCAUUAGAGUGUUUUCAAUGGCACCAAAUCUGCACCGUCAUCGUCCCACUCAGCACGCAGAUAACCGGGACAAAUUAAAUUCUCCUCGCGCCGUCGUCCCCCGGUGAUCCGACGCUGCAGGUCCGAAGAGAUUCCUGGGAAUGUCAGAGCUGGAUUUAGAUUAGUGUCGGUGCUGAAUUACCAGAACAGAACCACACUGUUUCAGAUCUGCUUCAGUUCUUUCCAAGUUGAUUUUUAAAUGUUUGGAAAGUACUGAACAUUUCACAUGGGACCGGUAGCUAAGAUGUUAUAUGGCAGAGAUUCAGAACAACUGAUCCUAUUAAAUCCUAUCAAAACCCAACCCUAGCAUAUUAGCAUUAGCACGAUUCAUUCAGAGUUAUUGUUUUAGUUUAAGAAACAGAACCAGAGAACCCAAACUGAGCACGCUCAGACCGUUCUGUCGGACCGCCGCCUCUUUAUUUCCAGCCCCCAUCAGCCUCCAGAGGUUUUAUUUGGUAUCUGGACCAACUUGCUGUGUUGUCAGACUUCGUACACGUUUGUGUGUGUGUGUGUGUGUGUGUGUGUGUGUGUGUGUGUGUGUGUGUGUGUGUGUGUGUGUGUGUGUGUGAGCGUUUGUUAACUCGUGCAUGGUUAUCUGUGUAUAUAUAUAAGAAUAUUUAAAGUUCUGUUGUGCAUCUGUUUUAUACCCCCCGAGUGCGUUUGCGUGUUUUAGGAUUAACUUUGUUUUGGGACACUGUGCGACCUGUGUGUGUGUGUGUGUGUGUGUGUGUGUGUGUGUGUGUGUGUGUGUGUGUGUGUGUGUGUGUGUGUGUGUGUGUGUGUGUGUGUGUGUGUGUGUGUGUGUGUGUGUGUGUGUGUGUGUGUGUGUGUGUGUGUGUGUGUGUGUCGGGCAUCGGCACAAAACUUUGAUCUCAUUUUGAAAAAGACAAAAAAAGGAAAAGGUGGUUGUUGGACCGCUGUUAUCCAGUUAAAAUCAGUUCCUUUAAGUUCUUCUGUGCUCACUGAUUCCUACUGAACAACAAACUGUUGUUGUUGUUGUUGUUUGUUUUUUGUUUUGGUUUGUUUAAAGAGAAGUUGAACGCACCCCGAGCCCGACCGCGGUGCGAGUCCUCUCAACGUUGUUCUGCUCCUGUGAGAAACCGAAGCUCCGUCGGUGUUUCGUGUCUUUCCCGAGCUCGUUGGAGCCGCUGACAUCACCGCUGAAUUAUGUUUACAUGUUGUUGUUGUUGUUGUUUUUGUUUUUGUUGCCUGUAGCAAUCAGCCCUCCUCUGACAGGCUCCUGAUCGCAACGCGCUCAUAUUCAGGAGUAAAGAUUCAGGGCACAUGUGGCAAAAUCAUCUCCGCUCUCAUGCAGAAGCGUGUUAGCAGGUGUGUCUGCGGAACAGAUCGGAGGCUGCUGGAGAGGAAGCAGCUCCUCUCGGGGGGGGCAUCGGACGACCGAUAGCUCAAAACUGCCUAAAUCAGUCGCCAACGGGGGGGGGGACGCCUGAGAGCGAGCGUGGGCAGUAGAGUUAGAGUUCAGUCUGUGGCUCCGAGGCCAAUAAACCGUCUACUUGAUAAAAUACCAUCAGACCUGAAAAAGGCCGAUCUUCGUCAGUUUGACAGUUCGUAUCCUCCGUACGUAAAGUUUAAAGACUUUAAAGAGAGAUUGUGAUACUUUGUGAGAGCAGAUUUCAAACCAGUGGCUUAAAAAAGAAUCUGUAUUUUUAGGACUUAAAGUCAAACUAGUUCCUUUAAUCAGCCGAUAAUUUAACAUCACUGAAAUAUCCGCAGAGAAAAGCCAAAGAUGUGUUUAAGGUCUCCAUUCAGUCGGGUUUUUUUAAGGGAUUCUUAUUAAAAAUGUGUCGUUAUAUUGAGACGAUAUUCAUCAAUCAGGUCGGGCUCUACUCGAAAUUGUCCGUGCGCUCUCGAGUCCUGAUUGAUUGAUUGAUUGAUUGAUUGAUUAUUGAAUUACAGCCGUUCAAUUAAAUCCUGGAAUUUGUUUUUUUGCUCGUUAGUUUGUCUCUAAAAAUCUUCCCGCUCAGCGCUUCUGUUUUAUAUUCUGCUGAACCUGAGUGUGUGUGUGUCCAUCUGCGCUCACACACACACACACACACACACACACACACACACACACACACACAAAGAUCAAUACUGGUGCCAUCGGCCUCCACUGAUGGUAUAAACACACACACACUUUCUCCCGUGUGUAAAGUUGAUGCUCCCGCCAUCUGCUAGAGAGUGUCAGCUUCCCUGGUGGAGUCAUUAAUCUCGAACCCUGAGCCUGCUGACCACACACACACACACACACACACACACACACACACACACACACACACACACACACACACACACACACAGGGUCAGGUCGGCCAACACAAACACCACCCAGCCUCCCUCAGGCUCCUCCGUCCUGUCCCGGUCCCGGUCGCUCCGGCGCUUAAACUCUGCUGGCAGUUUGUUCGACCUCCAGCCUGUGUUUACCCAUCAUGCACCUCUGCCGCUCUGUGGCUGAGGCCCGCGCAGCGUUCAUUAAACCGCUGAGAGAGUCAAAUUAAAACUGUACUCGGGCCUGCAGUCGGGAUUUAAGAGCGAGCGUUGGUUUUCAACACUAGUGCCAAAACAAUAGCUGCACAUUAGUUUGAGAAAUAUAUUUAAAUAUUCAACAAACACACUAAAGUGUUUUAAUCUCUAUAAUCCGUAAUUUACCUAAAAUAACCGUCUGAAAGUGACUCACCUGAGCUUCCAGUGUUAGACAGUUUCUAAUAAUCAAUACCAGACUCAUUUUAUUUGAUGUAUUAAGGUUCAUUAAUUAACCCUUUGAUCUUAAUUUGUUCAUCGAGAACAACUCAGAUUAGUUUCACUAGUUUUGUCAUUGAUAACCUUCCGUAAACAGUUCCGUAUUGACGUCUUAUUGACGACUAACGAGAGUCCGAUCUCUCUCUUCAGAACGUAGAAACUAGAUGCUCGUACAUUUAUUACAACUCAAACAAGAGCGUGGACCAAACGAGGAUUUAAAAGAUGCGCUGAUGAUUCUGUCCCUGCCUGAUAUCCGAUAUCAAACUCCUGACUCACAGAUCAAUGAAGCAUCGGUUGUGUUGUUUUAUUUUGUGUCACUAACGAGCUUCCGUACGCCUCUGACUCUGAGCAUGUAGAGCGAACCAGCUCCGUCUGCGAGGGCGCGCAGACGAUCCAAACACGUGACUUUGGGUAUGACGAGGUACGAUGUCCGUUAACGCUUCGUAUCUGCGUCCGGGGAGGUCGGUUGAGCGGCUAGAAAAACUGCAGACGAGGGCGGUUUCGUUUCCGAGCUGUGUGUUUUUUUGUUUUGUCUUUUUAAAGAGUGACGAAGAGGAGGAGGAGGAAGCUUGAGGAAGAUGUUGAGAGAAAUAAAACAUUGCUAGAGUAAAACCAGUGCAAUAUCUUUUUAUUUUUUAUCGUGGUAAAAGCAUGUUGUUGUCAAUCUUACCUUACAACAAUAAUAAAGUUUUUUUAUGUAA